GUUGUGUUUUCUGAGAUGUUGUUCUUGGCAACGUGGUGCCUUUAAAUGUCAGGUCAGUACGUAGGUUCACGUGCUUGGUUUGAAAAGCAAAUGGCGCCAAUGCAGAGAACUCACGUCGCAACAUUUGUGUCCAGCCAGCUGACGUAAAUGAAGACCAUCCUCCCCCUGAGGAGCAAGUGUGGAGUUACAGGAUGAAGCAGGAGGAUCCACAGACCCCCCACAUUAAAGAGGAAGAGUCGUUUCCUCUCCGCAUUAAAGAGGAAGAGGAGGAACACAGCAUCAGUCAGGAGUUAGAGCAUCUUAAAGGAGUCGAGGAGUUCCCAGUGAUUGGUGUCCCUGUGAAGAGUGAAGAGGUCAAAGGUGAAAGUGAGGAGAGGGGAGGGGGGGAGCCUCCAAGCAGCAGCUCAACACAACACAUGACAACAGAAGCUGAUGGAGACCACUGUGGAGGAUCACAAGCAGACAAGCUCUUAGCUCCACUAUCAGAUAGUGAGGACACAACCUCACACUCUCCUGACACUGAUGAUGAAGACUCUAAAGAUGUUAAGACAUGUCACACUGACAACACACACUUCACAUGUUCUCUCUGUGACAAAACUUUUAAGGACCGAAGCAAUCUAAAAAGACACAUGAAAAGUCACACAGGAGAAAAAACAUUCAUGUGUUCAGUUUGUGGUAAAAGAUUCUCGCAGAAGUCCCAUUUUAAGGAACACACUAGAAUACACACAGGAGAAAAACCUUUUACCUGUUCAGUGUGUGGUAUCAGUUUUAGACGAAGUCCACAUCUGACAGUGCACAUGAGAAUACACACUGGGGAAAAACCGUAUUCUUGUACGAUCUGCAACAAACAAUUCUGUGACCGAACAACCCUGGUGGUACACACUAGGAGUCACACUGGCGAGAAACUUUCUUCCUGUUCAAUUUGUGGAAAAGGUUUUGUACAAAGUCAGUAUCUGAAAAUUCACAUGAGAAUACACACUGGGGAAAAACCCUUUAGGUGCUCAGUUUGUGGUAAAGGAUUUUCCCGGAAAGCACAUUUGGCUUUACACACAAAAACACACACUGGAGAGAAACGGUUUUCAUGUUCAGUGUGUGGUUUAGGUUUUAUACGAAAUGCAGAUUUGAAAAGGCACAUGAGAACACACACUGGCGAAAAACCGUUCACCUGUUCAAUAUGUGGUAAAAAUUAUAGACAAAAUCGGGAUUUGAAAAUACACAUGAAUAGACACACUGGGGAAAAACCUUUUGCUUGUUCAGUAUGUGGUAAAGGUUAUAGACAAAAUCGGGAUUUGAAAAUACACCUGAGAAGACACACUGGGGAAAAACCGUUCGCCUGUUCAAGCUGCAACAAAAGCUUCAGUAAACAAAUAACACUUGUGACACACAUGAGAAGACACACUGGUGAGAAAGUGUACAGUUGCAGUGAGUGUGAUGAAAGGUUCUCUUACAAAUAUCAGCUUAACAAACACAAGUGUGCUGGUGAGAACAACAACAACAAAUGAAGCCCCAGGAAAAAACGCAAAGACUCUGAAAACUUUGCUCACAACAUCACACAUAACAGUGGUGUCCAAACUACGGCCCGCUGAGGUCUUCAGUCCGACGUGUCCGUGCGUGUGUUUGUGGGCGCACGCAAGCAUCCAUAUUACAGUGUAUUGGGGAUCCAUCCAGUUCUACAGCUUGCCACCGGUGUGCUGGAACCCAUCCCAGCUGCACAUGGGCGGAAGGCGGGGUACACCCUGAACAAGUCACCACCUCAUCGCAGGGCCAACACAGAUAGACAGGCAUUCACUCGCAUACGUUGGGAAAUUGUGCUUUAACGUAAGAUGUACUGUAUUUUCUUUUUACAUGUUUGGCAAACUUUCCUGUUCAAUUUUUUAUGAAAUUUGUAUUCAAACUCAAAUCAUUGCGAUCAGGUUUAAAAAAAGCUUUGUAGACGUGAUUGCACUUUGAAUGAAAUCUCAGACAGAGUUAGAAAACAUCAUGGAAAAACUAUUGAAGGGAUGUCAAUGUAAAAAUUAUUAACACGCUUUUAUUAUUACA